CUUAACGAAAAUUAGUGGCAGGGAAGAAAUUCCAAAACUCCUGGCUGUUUGACUCGGGACCACUCCUGUAGCCAUCAAAAGUUGGUGGAUCAAGAGUCUCCCCGUUUCCGGUCUGAUCUGGUCUUUGAAGUGUACCAAGCAGUUACCGACACCACGUUGCAGAAUAAGGCUGCAACAUGCAGAUCUUCGUCAAGACCCUUACGGGCAAGACCAUCACUCUUGAGGUCGAGCCCUCAGAUUCCAUUGAGAAUGUGAAGGCUAAGAUUCAGGACAAGGAAGGUAUCCCCCCAGACCAGCAGCGUCUCAUCUUCGCUGGCAAGCAGCUUGAAGAUGGCAGGACAUUGUCUGACUACAAUAUUCAGAAAGAAUCUACUCUUCACUUGGUGCUGCGUCUCCGUGGUGGUGUCAUUGAGCCCACUCUCCGUAUCCUUGCCAUGAAGUACAACUGUGACAAGAUGAUCUGCCGCAAGUGCUAUGCCCGUCUUCACCCUAGGGCAACUAACUGCCGCAAGAAGAAGUGUGGUCACACAAACAACCUCCGCCCCAAGAAGAAGCUGAAGUAGACUUUUAUUGUUUUAUUUGUGUUUGGGAGGUGUUCCAUCUGUCAUACUCAAUGUUCUAUUUUAAAUUCAAUAAAACACUGAAUAUGACUAA